GAGAGAGAGAGAGAGAGAGAUGGUUGGGCCUCUUCACUUCAGGAAGCCUUAAAGCUCUCAUGAUAACCUUAAGCGUCAUGUAUAAGGACACUGCUCACUUUGUCAGGUAUAAACUGACCUGUUAGAUCUUUGAAUCAUGACCAUCAUCUGGAUCAUCAUCUUCAUUCUGACGCCUGCUGGAAUCAGUGCUGUAACUCCUGUAACUGGACACAGAGGACAGUCAGUCCAGAUUAAAUGCUCCUAUGAUUCUGGAUAUGAGACCAACAUAAAGUAUCUCUGCAGAGGAGAAUGUUCUGCUUGGGGAACUAAAGACAUUCCUGUUCAGUCUGGAUCUGCUGAAGAUCAGAGAUUCUCUCUGGAUGACCACACAGCAGACAGAGUCUUCACCAUCACCAUCACUGAUCUGAGACCAGAGGAUGGAGGAACAUACUGGUGUGGGAUACAGAGGACUAAAGCACUUCCUGAUCUUUACACAGAGAUUCUAUUACUGGUUAAAACUGCUGUCUCUCCUGCUGUCUCUCACUCCACAUAUUCUCCUCCAUCAGUGCAGACACAAUCCACACAUCUCUCCAGUUUUCCAUCCACAGAACAACCUUUGUCUAUUUGGAUUGCAGUGGGAGGAGGAAGCUUUGCCCUUCUGCUUCUUAUUAUUCUAAUAUGUAUCUACAGGAUGAAACAAAGAACUGCUGGAACUGAUUGCAGUGAGACAAAACAGGAUGAUGUCCUCUACACCACCGUUACACACAGCAGAUCCAGACCUGUACAGGCUGAUGCUUCUGCUGACUCUGGAGCUGCUGAUGUUCAAUAUGAUACUGUCAGGAUUCAGAAUGGUGACAUGACCAGCACUGACCAGCAGGGGGAGACCCAAUAUGCCAGUGUUACAUUCCACCACCACACUGCUGCCCCUGGGCCACCAACUCAGAAAGUAGAGGAUCCCUCACAGAUCUACAGUAUAGUAAUAAAAGAUGAGAUCUGCUGAAGAGAGAGAGAGAGAGAGAGAGAGAGAGAGAGAGAGAGAGGGGGAGAGAGAGAGAGAGAAUUAGUAUGAAUGGAGUUUUGAAGUGUUGUGCUGAGCUUUGUUGUUAUUGUUCAUGAAACUAAACUUUAAUUUGUA